AUGGGGCACACUCUUACGCGUCCAGACUGCGAAAUGCUUCACAAGAUCAUCAACGAAUUUGUCAAGUGUCUGGUCUAUCGAGCCGGAAAAGCCCAAACCAGACAGACCCUUAGCCUUCGGGAGCUCCUUUCGUUUUCUCAAUUGGACGUCGUGCGCUUUGACUUAUCUCAUUUGCCGCUACUCUAUCUCCUUGAUGGCGACAAGGACGGGUUGUUCUCAAUCCAUGACUUGCUCAAUCUGGGCUAUUAUUACGGCAGCAUCAACCACAUGACCAAUUAUAAGGCUCACGAGUGUGCUAGCAUCAUCCAGGCAUACUCCACGGGGAUGCUAGCUCUCUACGGGGAUGCGCCCUCCUUCAUCAAGUGGUUUGUCAAGCUCUUGGAAGUCAUAGAGCCAACCGUCACGGUCGAGAGUGUCAGGUGUGUAUCGGCCUCUGUGGUCCGGGUGAUGCACACUGUGCUGAAAGUGGAGCUCAUUACUCGGGAGUCAUCGGAGAAGCUCCUGGACACCAUGCAGCGCGCAGCCGUGCAGAUGGGGCUCAUCGAUCAGCAGCAGCUCAAAGCAUUCGAUGGACUAGCACCCCUAGUGAUUGUUCAGGCAUUUGGAGACGAGCUGUUCAAAGCGUUCACGGCCACAUACAACGACUUGGGGCUAGAGUCUGUUGAAAUAUUGAAGUACUACCGUCCCUUCGACGAGACCAGCUUCCCCGAGAUAAACUCGCUCUUCAAGGACAAGUUGACAGAAACGCUGAACGCCAUAUCCGUUCACUCUGAGGACAGCAGCGAUAGCUGA